CAAGAACCUCGGCGGCUCAAAGGGGGCGAGGGCGGAUCCUGGUGCCACGGACCUGGCGCGAGCCGGGGGUGCGGCGGCAUGGGCGACCCGACCGUGUUGAGGGAGAGCUCUCUAGAGGAGCUGCCCGGGCCGCCCGAGGAGGCGGCGCUGCCGGCGGCGCUGCCCGGGGACCCCGCGCCGGCCCGGGGAGGCGGGGCGCCCCCCCCCGAGAAGAAGAAGCCGCUGCCGGUGGCGCUGCCGCCGCUGGAGGAGGUGGCGUUGCCGCCUGCCCGAGGUGACGAGCCGAGGCCGCCGCCCGGGCCGCCACCGCCGGCGGAGGAGGCCGCGCCAGCCCGAGAGGACGAGGCGGGCGGCUGGCCUGGCGAGGAGGAGUGCCCGAGGGGCGGCGGGCCCGUGAGCCCGAGAGUCAGGGAGGAGCCUGGCGGGCCGGGGGAGGCCCGGGGCGGGCCCGAGGAUCGGCCAUGCGUAAGAGGGGU